AUGGGUGUUUCAAGACGUAUGCAGAAGCAGGGCAUGCCCGAUCGGCUCGAUGAAGCACAUUUCACCAGCUUAAAACGGAAAGCUGGAAUGUCUGUAACAGAAUCCAGAGCAGAAUCAAUGCAAUAUGCCCCCGAUCCUCAUAAAAAACGACGAACUUCAGACAAAAAGUCCAAUGGAGCUACCAAUGGCAAGAAAAACUCCGCGGCGCAAAGCACAACCAAGGAAAAAUCUUCCAGGUCUAAAAAGGUUGCUCCUGCACCACUACCCAUGUCAGAUGAAGAGAUGGAAGAUGGCGACUCCGAUGCGGCGGAUCUUAUGAACGACGAAUUCGAUGAUUUGGAUGUUUCAGAUGAUGACGGACCUGGUCUCCCAGAUGACUUCCUUGGCUCGGACAGUGGAAGUGAUGUGUAUGAUUCGGAUGAUGAUCACCCAAAAGCAAUGUUCUCCGAGGAUGAGGAUGAGUCCGACGCCGAAGAAAAGCUUACUGCUGCGAAUAUUGCAGGAUUGUCGAGAAAAUUAGAUGAGCAACAGGCAGAGGAGGCAGCGGAGGCACAGGCCGAGUUGGAAGAAGCUGCCAUGCAAACGAAUAUCGCUGGAGAUAGGCCCCAUAUUUUUGACAGUGACGAUGAAGAGGGAGAAGGACCCAAGACCAAUACUUUAUUGGCUCCUGAUCUACAACUUCUUCGAUCUCGAAUCAAUGAUACUAUCCGAGUCUUAGAUGACUUCUCGAAACUUUCGGAGGAGGGUAGAUCAAGAGCUGAGUAUACGGCUCAAUUGAUCAAAGAUAUUUGCGCAUAUUAUGGUUACUCGGAAUUCUUAGCAGAAAAACUCUUCAACUUAUUCCCACCCAAGGAAGCUUAUGCAUUUUUCGAGGCCAACGAAACUCCAAGGCCGGUCGUCAUCCGAACAAACACUUUACGUACACAUCGAAGAGACCUUGCACAGGCAUUGAUCAACCGCGGGGUAGUCCUAGAACCGGUAGGAAAAUGGUCCAAAGUUGGUCUGCAAAUUUUCGAAAGUGCUGUACCACUUGGUGCCACGCCGGAAUACCUUGCCGGACAUUACAUCUUACAAGCUGCGUCUUCUUUCCUCCCAGUCAUGGCUCUUGCACCUCAAGAAAAUGAACGUGUGCUCGAUAUGGCUUCCGCUCCUGGUGGAAAAACAACACAUAUUGCUGCAUUGAUGAAGAAUACGGGUUGCAUUUUCGCCAACGACAGCAACAAAUCUCGUGCCAAAGGUCUUAUCGGUAACAUCCAUCGUCUGGGUGCCAAGAAUGUGAUUGUGUGCAAUUAUGAUGCAAGAGAGUUCCCGAAGGUUAUUGGUGGUUUUGAUCGCGUCUUGCUAGAUGCACCAUGUUCUGGUACUGGAGUCAUCGCCAAGGAUGCUAGUGUGAAGACGAACAAAACUGAACGAGAUUUCCUCAUGCUUCCUCAUUUACAGAAACAGCUCCUCCUCUCAGCUAUUGAUUCAGUUGACCACGCAAGCAAGACUGGAGGUUAUGUUGUUUACUCCACAUGUAGUGUUACAGUCGAAGAGAAUGAGCAAGUUGUGCAGUAUGUGCUCAAUAAGAGACCAAACGUUAAGCUUGUGGAAACCGGUUUAGUAUUUGGGAAGGAGGGCUUCACAUCAUACAUGGGCAAAAACUUUGACAAGAACAUGAAGAUGACAAGGAGAUUUUACCCCCAUGCUUACAACGUUGAUGGUUUCUUCGUCUCUAAAUUCAAGAAGACGGGUCCAUCUCCAAAGAUUAUACCCGGCGAGAAGGAGGCCCAGAAGGAGUUGGAUGAGCUGGAUGUUGAUAAGACGCCUAUCAGAGAGACCGAGGAAGAGGAUGCAUUUGGAGGAUGGGAUGAGGGUGAAGACGAAGAUUAUAUGGUGAAGGCGAGGAAGAAUACCUUAAAACGAAAGGGUAUCGAUCCUAAGGCAGAUAAAGCCAAGGCGGAAAAUAGGGUAGAGAAGGCCAAGAAGGAAGAGACAAAGGGAGAUGAGACUGCGAAGGCCGCUCCCACGAAGGAGAGCAAGGUAGAGAAGGCCAAGAAGGAAGAGACAAAGGGAGAUGAGACUGCGAAGGCCGCUCCCACGAAGAAGGAGAGCAAGGAGAAGAAGAAGAAAGGAAGUAAAUCUAAAUAG